UGCAAGUAGUGUUCGGGGUGAAAGGGGUGCCUCUGCUCAGACUGCACUGACAGCAAUAUGCAGUCUGUUCCUGUUUCUCCGAGCCGGCGCACAUUCACGUUACAGUAACUAAAAGAUACAAAAUAAUAAAAACACGGCAGACCGGUGAAGCCCUGCAGCGAGGCUCGCGUGUUGUCUUCCCUCCGCCAGGCUGGACAACCGAGGAUGUACAGCGAGCUAAGGAGCGGGAAUGGUCAGCGAGCCGGAUCGACGCUCUUAUCAGUGAUUAAGCCCCCCCCCAAAAACCUGCUUGUUUUUCGCAUGAACCCAGCUGGCAGGAUCCGGCUCGGCUCCUCGGUCGUCCCCCAAGAGUCAGAAUGACGAAACCCAAAGUCACCCGGGUGGGUUUCGCCUUGAGUCUGGGGUGUUUCAUUAUGGUCCUCCUCUACUUUAACAGCAGCCUAAAGCCGGCCUCGGAGCCGGUCGGCGAAAGAAGCAGUGGGCAGAAGUCUCGGAGGAGCCCUCUACAGACGCUUUAUGAUGGAGACCAGGUGGAGUCAGCAGUACAGGCGAUCCAUCAGGGCCGACGGGAGGUGUUAGAAGAAGCCUGCCGCUCCUACACCCGCAAACGCAGAGUCCUGAUCCCCGAGGACCUGAAGCACGUCAUCGUGGACGACCAGCACGGCUUGCUGUACUGCUACGUCCCCAAAGUGGCCUGUACCAACUGGAAGCGGGUGCUCAUGGUUCUGACGGGGGUCACCGGGUCCCUCCGAGACCCACUGGCGAUCCCUGCUAACGAGGCCCACAUCCCGGGAAACCUGCGCAACCUGUCGGAGUACUCCACCUCACAGAUCAACCAGCGCCUGCGCUCCUAUCUGAAGUUCGUCUUCGUGCGCGAGCCCUUCGAGCGGCUGGUAUCCGCGUACCGCAACAAAUUCACGCGAAGCUACAAUACCGCCUUUCAUAAACGAUACGGCACAAAGAUUGUGCGGCGGCACAGGCCGUACCCACAGCCGGAGGCUCUGGAGAGAGGGAACGACGUCUCCUUCGAGGAGUUUGUGUAUUACCUCGUGGACCCGGCGACCCAGCGCGAGGAGCCCUUCAACGAGCACUGGGAGAGGGUGCACUCGCUGUGCCACCCCUGCCUCAUCCACUACGACGUGGUGGGUAAAUACGAGACGCUGGAGCAGGACUCCCGCUACGUGCUACAGCUGGCUGGGGUGGAGGACCAGGUCAGAUUCCCCGCCUCAUCCAAGAGCACCAGGACUACCGGAGACAUGGCGGCCCAGUUCUUCCACAACAUCAGCCCCUUCUACCAGAAGAAGCUGUACAACCUCUAUCGCAUGGACUUCCUGCUCUUCAACUACUCAAUACCAGCCUACCUCACGUUUAGAUGAGGCUGGGACAUCGCUCAUCCACGGACUGGACUUGAACAUGUGGAGCCCGGACUUCUAAAAGUACAGUUUUUGAGCUGUUUCUCUGUGCGGGCCUUAUUACUGACACUGCUGAUACUGUUGAAGAUGUAUACUGCUUAGAGCUCCAAAGUAAAUCGAUUUUUACAGACUGAAAAACUUCUGCAGAAGAUACAAACAGGAGAGGACAUUUCAUCACGAAGUGACACUUGUUGCCGGAAGAAGGCAAAUUAUAUUUUACUGUAAAUGGUGAUCCAGCGGACAUUGGUCACUGCCUUUGAAAGUGUGAAAUACCAUUUAAUUUCGCCAUCUGCUGUUUCAAAAGUGUACUUCACAUGACAAAUGUAAUCUGCAGUAGCUGAAUGAAAGUAUUAAUACCUAAACACUAGCCCUAUUUUUAGCCCUCUGCUCGAAAAUUGCAUACCCAUACUCAAAAGAGUGCAUCUUU